UAAUAAAAGUAUAAGCAGCUUAAUCAGAUGGAGUCAUCAGAGGAGGGGCAAGCCUCUAUGUCCUAUAAUCAGGCAUCACAACAGUUUUCCUCCAGCAAUCAGUCUGGACAGGUUAAUUUACCUCCCAUCUUUCCUAGUCCGUCUGCUCUUAAUUGGGGAUCACAAGAGAGGUUAUCAGCAGAGAGAAACUUGGCUCAAACUAGGAUGCAAGUUCCUGUGCCCGUGAUACUAGGGUCUCAGCAGUUUUAUUCUAUGGUUAACCAAUCCAUACAGAUCCAACCAUCAUAUAGAAACCUUACUCCGAUGCCUACCUCUGUUGGCUUGGGUCAGAUAUCGUUGUCAAAUAGACAGGUUCUGGGUACACAAUCAUCACUUAACACCCAACCAGCUAUGUCUGCUAAUCUUGCUGCACUGCCAUCCUCAUCUAUAUACAAGAGGCAUACCCUGAUUCGUGCACCAUCCAAGGUUCAGAGUGUUCUGCCCAUGAAUAUGGGUUCACAAUUGUCAUCAACAAAUAAGCGCCCAGCACAGUUGGAGCCACCUCGAAAGGUCCAAUCCGAGUCAUUUGAGUCUGUAAGGUCAAAGCUACGGGAGUCAUUGGCUGCAUCACUGGCUAUGGAGUCUGACCGGCAGCAUAAACAAGAAAUUGCAGAAAAGUGUACUUCUAGUGAUGCUUCGAGCACGAUACCAAAAGUAAUAACUCCAAUGGUUGAGUUGAAUUCAGAAGCUAAAAGUGCUUCUUCAGAUAAAUCUGCUCUGGAAACUGUUCAAAAUCAAGCUGGUGAUUUACCUUCUAAAGAAAAUGCAAGCACUGACAUUUUGUUAGCAAGGUCUGAUGUCGAUGGUCUUCAGCCUAAGGAUAUAUUGUUACAGAAGGAAGUGUCAAAUGAUAACUCUUUAGUUAAAGAUGAACUUUUGCAGGGUCAUGGACUCUGCUGGGUGUCUAAUCAUGGUGUUGGGACUGUAGACAAUUCAGCAAAUCAUGAUCAUGAUAGAAAAAGACUCAAAAUGACAAAUGAACAGGAAACAGCUGAUAAGGAGACAACAGUAAGAAAUGCAGGACAGCUGGCAUUUAGGAUAGAAGCAGAACUGUUUAGAUUGUUUGGAGGAGUUAAUAAGAAAUACAAAGAGAAGGGUAGGUCCUUGUUGUUCAACUUAAAAGAUCGUAAUAACCCAGAGUUAAGGGAACGUGUAUUAUCUGGUGCAAUUGCACCAGAACGUCUUUGCACCAUGUCCAUCGAGGAACUUGCUUCAGAGGAACUUUCACAAUGGCGAUUGGCUAAAGCAGAAGAGCUUGUGCAGAUGGUUGUACUGCCAGAUUCGGAUGUUGAUUUAAGGCGCUUGGUGAGGAAAACUCAUAAAGGUGAGUUUCAAGUUGAAGUUGAACAAGCAGAGAGCUUCCCGGUGGAGGUUGAACUUGGGACGAGUGUCCUCUCACAAGUUCCUUUGAAACCUAACAAAGAAGUUAAAACACACUCGUCUCUAGUUCCUUCGAAACCAAGCAAAGAAGUUAAAACACAAUCAAAAUCCAAUCAUAAGUCUGAUGAACCUAAGGCAUUCAAAAGAAGGCCAUCAGCCAGGAAAAUUGAUUCUGCUGAUCAAAAUCUCCCUGGCGAUAUUGAAAUCCUUAGCGAGAAGGCUGAUCUUAUGCAAGAACUCAUGGUGGAUGAAUUGAAAGAUCCAGAGUUGCUACCUCCAGUAGUUUCUCUAGAUGAGUUCAUGCAAGACCUUGAUUCCGAACCUCCAUUUGGAAACCUGUCAGUGGAUUCUUUACAGGAAGUUUCCUUGGAGCCUGAGGAAGCUUCUGAAUCAGACAGCGUGGAACAUAAACAAAAUGCUGCAUCCGGAAGCUUGGGAUCAAAGUCAGAUUCUUCACGAGGUGGCUCUCCUUCCAAGCAGCUUUUGUCACAAGAAGGCAAGCAACUAAAGUUGGACUCUGCAGAUGCCACAUCUAAAGAUCCUACUACAACCAACCCUGAAAAGGUGGAUGUGGAGUGUUUGAAAAUUGAUGAUAACGUGAAAUCUGGUUCUGUUGAUAUUCAGUUAGAUACCUGUCUUCCUGAAGUUGCAUCAAUGAGUGAUAAAAUAUGGGAAGGUUCAAUUCAGUUGAAUGUUUCUGCAUUUGCUACAGUGAUUGGCUUCUUUAGAAGUGGUGAGAAAACAUCAACACAGGAAUGGCCUAGCUUUCUUGAGAUAAAGGGGAGAGUGAGACUAGAUGCUUUUGAAAAGUUCCUUAAAGAGCUUCCUUUGUCUCGAAGCCGUGCAAUCAUGAUUGCACAGUUUCGUUGGAAAGAGGGAUCUCCUGAGAGCGGACGAUUGAACCUGCUUGAGAUAAUUGACUCGUACAUCGCGGAUGAGAGGGUAGGAUUUGCAGAGGCCGCCCCAGGAGUGGAGCUGUACUUCUGCCCGCCGCAUUCAAGGACGACGGACAUGCUCGAGAAGCUCCUCCCAAAGGAGCACGCCGAAGCACUUCCGACCAUUGCCACCACGGAUCUCAUCAGCUUGGUCGUAUGGAGAAGGCCCCAUUCCACGAUAUCACCUCGGCUCUACUCCCAUCACAAGCAUGGCAGUUCUAAGAAGCAGCACAGCUCAAGAAAACAGCAAUCCCAGCCGCUGCCGCCUGAAGACUAUGCGGACGAUGACGUACCACCCGGCUUCGGCCCCGGAGAAUACGAUGACCUUCCCGAGUUUGAUUUUGUUCAUGGCAGCUCGCAGACAUCUAAACCUGCUGCCUCCGUGACCCGCCCCCAUGUGUUGGCACCGGCUCGGCCGGUAGAUCAAAUUAGAGAACUGAUACAUAAAUAUGGGCACACCGAAAGUGUCAAGAAACCUCCCUUUGAUGUACGCCCUUGGAAUGACGCCCAUGAAGACGACGAUGAUAUCCCUGAAUGGAAGCCUCAAUAUGAUCAUCGGCUGCAGCCAGAAACACUUACGUCUUCACAACCACCGCCACCACCGACACAGUUUCAUACUUACCAGCAUCCAACUUUUCAGUCUCUCCAUGUAAACCAUCAAAUCCUACCACUGUCACCGUUACCCAAUCCUCAUGCUCCGCUUCACCAGCCUGUGGGCCUGCAGCCACCUCUGCCUCCUCAGAUUUUAGUGAUGCCGACCUCCUUAAACAUGCCGCCCGGGUGGCAGCAGUCCCCGCUGCUGCCGCUCUCGGGUGGACCAGCUGAUAUAACACUGCCUGCAGCCAAUGCAUGGCAGACUUCUCACUACAACGCGCAGGUCAACGCCGAUGGCCGGGUGUACAGCUUGCCCAACGUAGGAGGAGCUGCGCAGAAUGUGAUGGGUUGGCGGCCGGACGUCUUCGGAAGUCGGGGGAUGUAAUGAUCCGUAGCAGCAACACAGUCUUGUGUGUAACUCAUUUCAAUUGUUUUUAAUGAUGUUUUAUCUCGUCCGGCCAUGGGCGCUAGGAAUCCAGCUUUUCUUUCCUUCUCGCUUUGUUGGCAGCUGCUGAAACGAUCCAAGCUUUUCGCUUUAUUUGCAGCUACUACUUUAAUUAGUACAAACUCUUGCACCGGUGGAUAACUUCAAUAGUAAUUCAACUUGAGUGAUGAUUUGCAUGACAAGUAGUAGCAUCGGCA